CCUUGCUCCCUUCUUCCAUCGAUAACCAGCAGACCCUUCUUCGGCGUAUAGCGAAGGGCACGCGACGCUGAGACGAAUUCAGCCACAAUGCGGUGGGCGGCACUUCUCUUGGCCGCAUACUUACCGUGCGGUUUGCUGGCGGAACAAGUACCCUUGCAGGCACCACAAUUAACGACGAUGAGCAAGCCGACCUGGAAGGAGAAGGCGACGUCGUUCAAGUGGAAGGAGGGCGAGGAUGUGUUCUCGCCGAAGGACUUGGUCGGACUGGGACGUCCGGGGACUGGGGUCGCGAACGUUGCGGGCGAUCUGGUGCUGGUGUCGUUCAGCAAGUACGACUUUGAGGAGAAGAAGAACAAGAAGUCCAUCUUCCUCGCACCCAUCGAGUCGACGGUGAAGCCGCUCGAGAUCCCUCUCGCGAAGGGCGGCGAGGCCUUCUGGCUCGACACACGCACCGUUGGCCACGUCGUCGAAGGCGAGAACAAGACCCUCGCCUUCUACGCCAUCGACAUCCAAUUCGAGACCGAACCCUCUCCCGGUGCCCUCACCACGCCCAAGCCUCCUACCCUCAUCGGCACCUUCCCCACCACCGGCGCGACUAACUUUGUCUACAACCCCGCUUCCGGGCACUUGGUGUUCUCCGCGGAAGUGUACGAGGACGGGGAUUUGACGACGGUGAACGAGCUGGACAAGGAAUGGGAGGAGCGCGGGAACACGGCGUUCGUAUACGAUGAGACGUACGUACGGCACUGGGACACGUAUGUGGGCCCAAAGACGGCGGUCUUGUUCUCGGCGCCCCUGCGCCAGACGCCGGAGAGGGAAUGGGUGUUCGAGCAGAAGUGGACGAAUCUGCUGAAGGGCACAGGGCAUAGCUCCCCCGUCGCGCCCUUCGGCGGCACGGACGACUUUGCGGUGUCGAAGACGCACGUGGUGUACACCAGCAAGGACCCUGUGCUCCCGGAGGCCUGGCACACGAAGCAGAACAUCUACAUUGUCGACAUCACCGGCGCUUCCGAGCCUAAGGAGCUCACCUCGGGUAAGCAAGGCGCGACUCACUCGCCCGUCUUCAGUACGGACGGUACCAAGGUCGCAUGGCUUGAGCUUGAGGAGGAUGGCUAUGAGGCGGACAAGUUCAAGGUCGUUCUGUACGACCUUUCGCAGAAUGCUCGCUUCACCAUCACCGACAACUGGGACCGGUCCCCGGAUGCGCUUGCGUUCUCCAAAGACGACAAGACGCUCUACUUCACUGCCGGUGACGAGGCGAAGGUCAAAGUCUUCUCCGUUCCAGUGCCCCCCACGCCGACGUCGAACGAUGCGGCGCAAGACUACGCCACGCCCGUUGCCCUCACCAAUACGGGUGCUGCAUCCGGCGUUCAGGCGCUCAUCGGCGGUCGCGUCCUCUUCAGCCGCUCGUCCUUCACCUCGCCAAAUGAUGUCUUUGUCAUCAGCGGCAUCGAGCCCACUGGCGCGGGCAACACGCUCGCCAAAGCGCCUACCAUCACCCAGAUCACUAAGUUCACGUCAGCCGAUCUCGCGAACAAGCAUCUGGCCGAGGGUGAGGAGUUCUGGUUCAAGGGCGCGAAGGACCGGGAUGUGCAGGGGUGGAUCUUGAAGCCGAAGGGGUUCAAGAAGGGCGAGGAGAAGGCUUGGCCGGUGGUGUUGUUGAUUCAUGGGGGCCCUCAAGGCGCAUGGGAGGACCAGUGGUCGACGCGCUGGAACCCGAAUGUGUUCGUCAACCAAGGCUACGUGGUCCUGGCGAUUAACCCUACGGGGAGUACGACGUUCGGGCAAGACUUCACCGACGCCAUUCAGAACGACUGGGGUGGCAAGCCUUUCGUCGACUUGAAGGCCGGCUGGGAUUACAUCCUGAAGGAGUACCCCGAGAUCGACUCUGACCGCGCUGUCGCGGCGGGUGCAAGCUGGGGCGGCUUUGCAAUCAACUACAUUCAAGGUCAUCCCGAGUUCGGGUUCGGGUUCAAGGCCUUGGUUUGCCAUGAUGGUGUUUUCGACGCCGCGUACAACGGCUACUCUACUGACGAGCUCUUCUUCUUCAACCACGAAUGGGGAGGCCGCCCGUGGGAUAAGCACAGCAAGGAGAUCCUCGACAAGUACAGCCCGUCGCUAUUCGUCGACAAAUGGUCCACACCACAGCUCACCAUCCACGGGAGCAAGGAUUACCGCCUGCCCGAGACCGAUGGUAUCGGCGCUUUCCACGCGCUGCAGCAACGCGGUGUCCCGAGUCGGCUGGUCAUCUUCCCGGAUGAGAACCAUUGGGUGCUGAAUCAUGGGAAUAGUUUGAAGUGGCACUACGAGGUCUUCCGCUGGUUCGACCAGUGGGUAGGGGUGAAGGGCCAGUAGAGGCUUCACACUGCAGUAUAACGGACAAAAACACGAACGAAUGUAACUGAUAUCUCGAAAUUAAGCUUUCCUGGAUUACUGCUGACCUCGACA